AUGGGCUCCUCGCAGUCGACGCCCGCAGCGUCUAAUAUGUAUACUGGCACGGCAGCAUCAGACGUCGCCGCCGCUGCAGCAACUGCCCUGACCCUGCACCCAACUAGCGCGGUCAAGGGCCAGCACUUUGAUCGCUAUGUGCAGAUUUUCUUCGAAAAUCAAGACUACGCUAUCGCCGAGGGCGACCCGAACUUCGCCUACCUCGCCACCCUGGGUGUCAAGCUCGAUAAUUACUGGAGCAUAACGCACCCGUCCCAGCCAAACUACGUUGCGGCGCUGGGCGCCGAUAAGAACGGUGUUUUGCUCGAUAACUUUGUGCAAAUCGACGAGAGCGUUGAGACCGUUAUUGAUCUCCUGGAAGCCGGCGGUGUUAGCUGGAGCAUCUAUGGAGAGGACCAACCAUACUCGGGGUUCGAGGCGGAUUGGGUCAAUCAAGAGACGGGCGCUAACAUGUAUGUAAGAAAGCAUAACCCCAUGAUGAGCUAUAAUUCGGCAACGGGGGAUAUCAACAGGCUGGCCAAAUCAAAGAACUUAACCGUGUUCUACGAAGAACUGGCAAGUAACACCCUGCCACAGUGGAUCUGGGUCACACCAAACAUGACUUCAGAUGGCCACGACAGCUCCAUCACAGUCGCAGGGGAGUGGGCAAGGAGUUUCAUGGAGCCGCUGCUAUCGAACCAAAACUUCAACAUCGACAGGACACUCAUCAUCCUUACUUUCGAUGAGUGCGAGAAUUACCUGGCAGAGAAUCGAGUAUUGGCCGUCCUGCUAGGAAGUGCGGUAUCGGAUGACCUCGUCGGGACGACUAACUCGACCCGCUUUGAUCACUACAGCCUCUCCAAGACCGCCGAGGACAACUGGAACUUAGGCAAUCUGGGGAAGAAUGAUGUCGGCGCGGUUUCGUUGUCAGGUACUCUAGGAUAA